AUGCCAAUGUACUGGCUUCCUGUAUAUGCCAUUCUUUUGUUUCUUUCUUGGCCUGUGCUUCUGUUCGCGUCUGACCACCGCCUUGUCCCUGGCAAGCCGCUCUUCCCUGGUAGUGUUCUUAUCUCCCAAGAUGGAGUGUUCGCGCUAGGCAUCUUCUCCACAUCAUCAAACCAUUCCUAUAUGGGAAUAUGGUACAACAGCAUCCCAGAGUUCACCGUGGUAUGGGUCUCCAACCGUGCUGCACCAAUCACGGAUCUUUCCUCUGCAAAUCUUGCCGUGACCAGCGGCUCCAACCUAGUCCUGUCUGACAGCAAUGGCUGUGUUCUUUGGACAACGAACAACAGCAUCAGCGUCGUGAAUUCCUCCAUCUCAGUGGAAGCCAUGCUGGACAACACCGGAAACUUCAUCCUUCGGUCAUCGGCUGCUGCUAGCUCUGCCGUGCUAUGGCAGAGCUUCGACCACCCCACCAACACUCUCCUUCCCGGCAUGAAUCUUAGGCUCAGCCACAAGAUGCACCCACUGCAGCACCUCGUUUCUUGGAAAGGCCGUCAGGAUCCAUCCCCCGGCGAGUACUCCUACGGUGCAGACCCCGACAACCUCCUGCAGCGCUUCAUCUGGCACGGUUCAGCGCCAUACUGGCGAAGCCCGGUGUGGACAAACUACCUCCUUCGUGUGAACUACGACAUGGAUGGAAUCAAGUCUUCCAUGUACAUGGAAUUGCGUCAUGAUGGCGACGAGGUGUAUAUGUCCUUCAGCAUGCUGACUGGCUCCUUCAUUGUGCUUCUCAGGAUGGAGAUUGACUACUCAGGCAAGGUAAGUAUACUAGGCUGGGAGAGCAACAUGUCAGCAUGGAAAGCCCUAUACACAGAGCAUGAAGAACAUGAGUGCAGUAUUUAUGGCUAUUGUGGCCCCUAUGGUUACUGCAACAAUACAGAAGCAGUCCCAGGUACUUGCAAGUGCCUUGACGGUUUCGAGCCGAGAGAUGAUAAAGGCUGGAUUGCCCGAAGGUUCUCACAGGGAUGCCGCCGGAAGGAGGUGCUAAGGUGUACAACACAUGGAGAUGGUUUCUUGACCAUUCCGGGCAUGAAGGUCCCUGACAAGUUCAUCCAUGUCCGAAGUAGAAGCCUUCACAAGUGCAAGGAGGAAUGCAGGAGCAACUGCUCAUGUGUGGCAUAUGCUUACUCCAGCAUGAGCAACAUGGAUAUUGAUGGAGAUGCCACGAGGUGCCUGGUAUGGAUGGGAGAUUUGAUCGACAUGGAGAAGUUUACCCAAGGAGGGGAGAACCUCUAUGUUCGGGCUAACAGAUUAAGAGGUACCGAGAGAAAGAUCAACACCCUACAAAUUCUAUUAGCAGUUAUGUCAAGUUUGCUGAUGCUCACAUGCAUUGGGUUUAUUUGGAUGAGUGCCUUCAAAGAUGAUAAACGAAAAUCACUGCUCAACUGGCCCGCAAGAUUUAAAAUAAUCAAAGGUAUUGCCAGAGGCCUACUUUAUCUCCACCAAGAUUCCAGAUUGAUGAUGAUUCAUAGAGAUCUCAAAGCGGGCAACAUACUGUUGGAUGCUCAGAUGAGCCCCAAGAUAUCUGAUUUUGGUACAGCUAGAAUCUUUGGUGUCAAUGAACACCAAGAAUAUACCGAUCGAGUUGUUGGAACAUUUGGCUACAUGUCACCUGAAUAUGCAAUGAGAGGCAUCGUCUCAGUCAAAUCCGAUGUCUACAGCUUUGGUGUAUUACUUCUGGAGAUUGUGAGUGGCUUGAAGAUUGGCACCACAGGCCUAACCAAACGCUCACAUAACCUUAUAGAUUAUGCGUGGAGCUUAUGGAAGGAUGGUAACAUGUUGAAUCUAGUCGACUCAUCAAUUGUUGAGGGUUGUUCUCUUGAUGAAGCUCUACGAUGCAUUCAUAUCGGACUCCUGUCAGCGCAGAACAACCCAAACGCUCGCCCACUCAUGUCUUGGGUGGUAUCAAGCCUGGAUAAUGAGGCCAUGGACCUGGAACUGAUGGAGUAUGGGAAAGGCAUGUAA